ACGCCAAUGGAAUAUGCAGCUCCAACGACAUGCCCGAUCUGCGGCAAGUCUGAGUCACUGCGACGUUGUGGCUCCUGCAAGCGGGUGGGCUACUGCUCUCGCGAGCACCAGCGUCAGCACUGGAAAGCGCAUCGUCCCGACUGCACGUAUCAGUCCAAACAAGUCCAACAACCAGAGAAGAGCUCCCCCAGUUCCACGGACAUGGUGGUCGUAGUGGAGAUCAAGAGUGGAGAAGGUAGCGGACUCACUAACAGGAUGAUUCACCACGUCUUUAACUCGCAAGUCCAAGCUAUAAGAUACAUUCGAGAACGUCUUGGCUACAGCCAGACUGACGACAUGAAGGAACUUACAGAAAUGCCGUUUCUACGAGAACUUAUGGGCUUCAGUAGCGGCGUUCUCUAUGUGGAUCCUCGUCAGAAUGUGUUCCCUCCAUUUACCAAGGAAUUUAACCGCCAGUUUGGCUUCGGCUUCGGGGCCGACGAGAUAAACAAUAUGUUAAACUGCAGAGGCGUCCGCGGAGAGCUGAAUGCCAUGGCGAUUUACAUCGGAAGUAAAUUGGAGAAUGGGCUCUCUAUGUCUGCGAACGCGAGUGGGGACGCGUUCUUCAUUGGUACGACGGCCAAAGGCGAGCCAGUUACUAGCAACGUGCUAUGGGGUGCAGCCAACUUUGUGUACGAGGCGAUGGAUUAUUACCCAGAUGACAAUUGCCCGAAAGAGCAACGCCAGCAGAAGUUCCGCAAAUGGAGUCGCAGAUAUGCGCUUGAGACCUGGGAGCCCAUGGCGGGGGAAUGCCGAUAUCUAUUUGUACCAGACGGGAUCCUUUCUUGUGUGCGGCCCAUUGGCCGACAGUGGAUCAUCGCGCACCUCAUUUAG